AUGGCUGCCCAGGGCCAAGAUGCCGACCAGAACAUCCAGAUCUGGAAGGUCCGCAAGCUCGUCAAGAGCCUCGACGCCGCUCGCGGCGCCGGCACCAGCAUGAUCAGCCUCGUCAUCCCGCCCAAGUCGCAAAUCAGCCAGUUCUCCAACAUGCUGACGCAGGAGUACGGCACGGCAAGCAACAUCAAGUCGCGCGUCAACCGCCUCUCGGUGCUCUCGGCCAUCACCUCGACGCAGCAGCGCCUCAAGCUCUACAACCGAGUGCCGCCCAACGGCCUCGUCAUCUACUGCGGCACCAUCCUCACCGACGAGGGCAAGGAGAAGCGUGUCAACUUCAGCUUUGAGCCCUUCAAGCCGAUCAACACCUCGCUCUACCUCUGCGACAACAAGUUCCACACCGAGGCCCUCUCUGAGCUGCUCGAGAGCGACGCAAAGUACGGCUUCAUCAUCAUGGACGGCAACGGCAGUCUGUUUGGCACGCUCAGCGGCAACACGCGCACGGUGAUUCACAAGUUCACCGUCGACCUGCCCAAGAAGCAUCGACGUGGUGGUCAGUCGGCGCUGCGUUUCUCGCGUCUGCGAGACGAGGCGCGGCACAACUACGUGCGCAAGGUCGCCGAGGCCGCCGCGGGCCACUUUCUGACGGACAACAAGUGCAACUGUGCGGGCCUCAUCCUUGCCGGCUCGGCCGAGUUCAAGACGGAGCUGGGCCAGUCGGACCUCUUCGACCCGCGCCUGGCCGCCAAGAUCAUCCGCACCGUCGACGUGUCGUACGGCGGCGAGAAUGGCUUCAACCAGGCGAUUGAGCUCUCCGCCGAGUCGCUGGCCGCCGUGCGCUUCAUCUCCGAGAAGAAGCUCCUCACGGCCUACUUUGAGCAGAUUGCCCUCGAGACGGGCAAGUACUGCUUCGGCAUCGACGACACGUUCAAGGCGCUGGAGCUGGGCGCCGUCGAGAACCUCAUCGUGUGGGAGAAUCUCGAGACGAUGCGCUACACGCUGCGCGACUCGGAGGGACGCACAAACAUCCUCAUGCUCACAAAGGAACAGGCGGCCGACAAGAGCCGCUUCCAGGACAAGGCGACGGGACAGGAGAUGGAGCAGGCCGAGGAGCCCGUGACGGUGCUGGAGUGGCUGGCCGAGAACUACAAGCAGUUCGGCACGAAUUUGGAGUUCGUGACGGACAAGUCGCAAGAGGGCCUGCAGUUCUGCAAGGGCUUCGGCGGCAUUGGCGGCACGCUGCGCUACAAGGUGGCCUUUGAGGACAUGGCCGUGUUCGAGGAUGACGAGGAUGAGUUCAUGUCCGACUCGGACGACGAGUGA